CCGGCCUGUUUGACUUCCGCUCCCGGAGUAUGAGCUCCUGGGGUUCGCCCACUGGUUGUCAGUAACGCACUAGGAGUUCGAGAGUAUGGAGGCAGCGCGCCCUCCCUCGACGACGGGGAAGUUUGUGGUGGUCGGUGGUGGCAUCGCGGGUGUCACCUGUGCUGAGCAGUUGGCUAUUCAGUUUCCAUCAGAAGAUAUUCUCCUGGUAACAGCUUCUCCUGUUAUUAAAGCGGUUACAAAUUUCAAGCAGGUUUCUAAAGUAUUGGAGGAGUUUGAUGUUGAAGAGCAACCGAAAACCAUGUUAGAAAAUCGCUUUCCCAACAUUAAGAUUAUAGAAUCCGGGGUAAAACAACUAAAGAGUAAAGAACACUGCAUUUUAACAGGAGAUGGCAGUCAGUAUGUGUAUAAGAAACUCUGUUUGUGUGCUGGAGCUAAACCAAAGUUGAUAUGUGAAGAAAAUCCUUACGUAUUAGGAAUCCGUGAUACAGACAGUGCUCAGGAAUUUCAGAAACAGCUUACUAAAGCUCAAAGAAUAAUGAUCAUAGGGAAUGGCGGCAUUGCACUUGAACUGGUGUAUGAAAUUGAAGGUUGUGAAAUCAUUUGGGCCAUUAAAGAUAAAGCUAUUGGGAAUACUUUCUUCGAUGCAGGAGCAGCAGAAUUCUUGACUUCAAAGCUCAUUGCUGAAAAACCAGAGGACAGAAUUGCACAUAAAAGAACUAGGUAUACAACUGAAGGAAGAAAACAAACCAAAACUGGUGCUGGUAAUAUGGGCAGUGCCUUGGGACCUGAUUGGCAUGAAGGCUUGAAUCUUAAAGGUACAAAAGAGUUUUCUCAUAAGAUUCAUAUUGAAACUAUGUGUGAAGUAAAGAAAAUCUACCUUCAGGAAGAAUUUACAAUUUCUAAGAAAAAGUCCUUGCCUUUUCCCAGAGACCAUUCUAAUCAGUCAGUGACAACUGAUAAAGAGGUAUGGCCUGUAUAUGUGGAAUUGACUAAUGAAAAGAUAUACGGCUGUGAUUUCAUUGUCAGUGCUACAGGAGUUACACCAAAUACAGAACCUUUCCUCUGUGGCAACAAUUUUGAUCUAGGAGAAGACGGAGGCCUGAAGGUGGAUGCUCACAUGCACACGUCUCUUUCUGAUGUCUAUGCUGCGGGUGACAUGUGCACCGCAUCCUGGAGGCCCAGCCCGGUGUGGCAGCAGAUGAGGCUGUGGACGCAGGCUAGACAGAUGGGAUGGUAUGCAGCAAAGUGCAUGGCUGCAGCUAGUUUAGGAGAAUCUACUGACAUGGACUUCAGCUUUGAACUUUUUGCUCAUGUAACAAAAUUUUUUAACUAUAAGGUUGUAUUGCUGGGAAAAUACAACGCACAGGGCUUAGGCUCAGAUCAUGAAUUAAUGCUGAGAUGUACCAAAGGACAAGAGUACGUCAAAGUUGUCAUGCAGAAUGGGCGAAUGAUGGGAGCUGUCUUAAUUGGUGAAACUGACUUAGAAGAAACAUUUGAAAACUUAAUUUUAAAUCAGACCGAUCUUUCAUCAUAUGGAGAAGAUCUGCUAGAUCCAAAUAUUGAUUUAGAAGAUUAUUUUGACUAAAAAAAGGCAUUUCAAGAACUACAGAAAGUUCCAAAUAACACAAAGUCACAAUAAGGUAAAUGCACUGAUUAAAUGAAGAAUACAGAAGUGAUAAUGAUUUCAGUGGGAAAAUAUAUGUAAAUUAUUUGAACUUUACAACACAAAACUGACCACUUAUGUAAAUGUAAGGAUUUAAGUUACUCAUUUCUGAUUUAGCUAAGUUGUUAUCUACUUAGCCAACAACUUGGUCUGGCAUGCCAGAGUCAUUCUGAUUGUGAAAUCUCAGAGACGGUUAUGGUUUCAGAUUUAUAUUAAUACCUUAUUGUGUUUAUGUUUGGAUUCUACAGGUGUUAUGAGCUGAAAUAACUCCCUGUCUGUAAUAAGCCUUUGUAAAAUAUUCCAUAUGAUAACUUCGCUAUCAAAUGUUGGUUAUAUGAAAAGAAAAUAAACAUAUCAAGGCAUAAGAGUUUAAGAUAAUUUUUGAUGUGAAAUACUCAAGUUCAAAUAACUGAUAGUAUGAAAUGAGAAUUAAGUCCAGUACUUCAGAGAUAAGUUCCAUAUGUAUAAAAUAUUAAUAAAAUUGUCUUAAACUGUUUUCUUGGAAAAUAAACACCUAUCUCAUGCAUCAUCAA